AUGGCCCAGGCGUCGACUAUCGGGUUCCGGUUUGAGCGUUCGCUCUCCCGCGCGCCUGCUCGCGUCGGUUCGCGCGAUACCUCGAGCGCGCGUCUUCGCGCGCCCGCGCGUAGGCCCGUCCCGCGCUCCCUGGGUGGGGAGAAGAGGGGAAACGCGGUGCGGAUCUCCGCAUCCUCGGGCGCUUCGGAAAGUUCCCCGUUCCGCAUGAUCGUCCUCCGGCACAGCGACAGCUGCACUCAGGACGCAGAUCUCCGCGAUCACGACAGGCCGCUCACGUCCUGGGGCCGGACCGCGGCGGCGAAGCUGUGCUCCGAGCUGGUCGCCAAGGGAUGGGCCGAACCGGACCUCGUCCUCUGCUCUGCGUCCACGCGCUCGAGGGAGACCCUCGGCGAGAUGGUCCGAACGCACGCGCCCCUCGGUAAGGCCGAGACCCACUUCAUGGGAUCGCUCUACGCCUUCGCCGCGAUGGACGGCCUGACCGCGGACCACCUCAGGGAGACCGUGGCCGGGCUCGUCGAGCGCGAAGGCGGCAGGGACAACCGCGUCAGGACGGUCAUGGUCAUCGGGCACAACAAGGGCUGGGAGGAGGCGGCGACGGACUUCGCCGGGCAGACCGUCAAGCUCAGGGUCGCGAACGCCGCGCUGCUGGAGUUCGCGGGCGAAGGGGCGGGGACGUGGGCGGAGGCUUUCAAUCAGAACGCGUGGAGGCUCACGGGCGUCGCCAAGCACGGCUUGCGCGAACCCGAGAAGGAGUGCGAGACGGAGUUCGGCGGCGACGGCGACGGGCCCAUGCCCAUGCCCGCGUGAUUGUAAGGCGCCGGUGACUGCCCGCACGCCACGGCUUUUCGGUUCUGUGUGUUCGAUUACGUUCGGGGGGUGGGGUGUAACAACAGGGAUUUUUUUGUUCGACAAGAGUCAAUUGCCAAC